AUGCUUCCCAGACUUCUUCGGCCGCAGGCUCCGCUGCGUGCGGUCUCCUCCCUCUCCCAGAAACCCGUCUCCGCGCUCCCACGCUUCCAAACUCGAGGCCUGCACCGCGUUCCUCAGCUCACCCACGACUCCUACUUUAAAAACAAUGGCAUUCCGGAGCUGCUAUCACCCGAGGCGUUUGACUUCUCGUGGACGCAAUAUCAGACCCUCCUCAUUGACAAGCUGAACCUUUUGACGCAGGACACUGUUGAUGCCGAUGCGAAACCUGGAGAACUGCUGGUCAAGUACUCCCGGCGCCCGGAGAUGGCGUCCGUCUUCAACUACGCCUCGAUGGCCCACAACAACCACUUCUUCUUCAACUGCCUGUCCCCCACGCAAACCCAGAUCCCGGACAAGUUCGCCAAAGACAUUGUCGACACCUGCUCCUCUAUCGAAUCCCUGAAGCUCGACUUCCUGGCCACCGCCAACGCCAUGUUUGGACCGGGAUUCGUGUGGCUGGCUAAGAACCUUGAGCGGGAAGGCCUGAUGCACAUCUUCUGCACCUACAACGCCGGCUCGCCCUACCCGGCCGCGCACUCCCGCCGCCAGCCGGUCGACAUGGCCACUCACUCGCCCGACGCUCCCCUGGGCAACCAGUUUGCUGGCGCUAUGGGCGCGCACGCCGCCAACCAGAAGAGCCUGGCCCCCGGCGCUGUCGACGUCCAGCCCAUUCUCUGUGUCAACACUUGGGAGCACGUGUGGAUGAUGGACUACGGUAUCGGCGGAAAGGCCGAGUACCUCGAGCGGUGGUGGGAUCGCAUCAACUGGGAGGCGGUGUUCGACAACUACAACGCGGUGAGCUCGAUGAAGGGUGCGCGGAAUGCGGCCACCCGUAACCGCAGUCUGAGCAUGCUAUGA